AGAAUCCCGCGAGGCGAGGUGAGGGGCGCCACCGAGGAAGCACCCACCGGGCUCCCGGGGCUGCCAGGCCCCGCACUGAGGAAGUUGAAUGCCAGAUCACACUCUCUGGGCCCAGGCAGAUACAUUCCAUUCAUCCUUUCUAAUGUCUACACCAUAUUUUGGAUAACAUGCCAUCAUCUCACAUUGUGUUGAAAGAAGAAAUCAGAAUGUUGGGGUUGAUGUAUGCCCUAUGGAUGAAUUUUAGCAGUUUGGGUCUUUCAGUAAUUGGUUUACUUCUAACUGCAUGUGAAAUUACACUCUUUUUACUGCAAGAUGAAAUUAUUCAGUGGCCACACGUACCCAGUAACAGAGAGAGCAAAACAAACCUUAUCCUCAAAGAACUGCAGCUGCUUGUUAGAUCGGCCUGGUGGUUCCAUAGAGAAACUGCUCAGAGAACCUGCCUUUACCUCGCCUAAAACAGAACUAUCCCAGAGCUCAGGUAAGCA